AUGUCUUUUUCUGAUUUAUAUGCUAAAUAUAACUGUACUUAUUGUCAAGAAGAAAUAAAUGGUGUUCGCGUACGAUGUGCGGAAUGUAAAGAUUUUGAUAUUUGUUUGCAGUGUUUUUCUCAUGGUGCUGAAAUUGGAUCUCAUAAAAAUGACCAUCCUUAUCAGUUUAUGGAUGCUGGAGCAUUUGGUAUAUUUUUGGGCCGUAACAGUUGGUCAGCAAAUGAAGAAGUAAGAUUAUUGGAUGCUAUAGAACAAUUUGGUUUUGGGAAUUGGGAAGAUAUAGCUAAGCAUAUUGAAACCAGAACACCAGAAGAAACUAAAGAUGAAUACAUAGCAAGAUAUCUAGAAGGUAGUAUUGGACGUGCCACAUGGGGUAAUGUAGAAAGUACUAGUCGACCAUCAUUGCACUGCCCUGACAAGGACCAAGGUCCACUCAGCCCCACAGCUGUAUCUCGACUCCCACCAUUAGCCAUAACCACAGAUGAGGCAGCUCAACUUGGAUAUAUGUCAAAUAGAGAUGACUUUGAAAGGGAACAUGAUCAUGAAGCUGAACAGUUGAUAUCGACUUUGUCAAUCAAUUCAGAAGAUGAUGAGCUAGAUGUUGCUCUCAAAUUAUCUCAAGUAGAUAUAUACACCCGGCGACUUCGUGAAAGGACGCGAAGAAAACGUCUCGUUCGAGACUAUCAGCUGGUAUCUGUGUUCUUUAAUAACCAAAGAAACAAGCAAAAGACACUCGGGAAAUUAGCCAAAGAGAAAAAAGAAUUUACAGAGCGCCUUCGUUGGACGGCACAGUUCUACGGUCGAUCAGAACAAACAAGCGUAGUAAGCGGUCUUUGGCGCGAACGAGAGCUACGCGUGCGAUUGGCUGAAUUACACCGUUACAGAUUAGCAGGCGUCACACGUUUAGAAGAAUGCGCGCACUACGAGCAACACGCGUUGCAUAGAAAACACGGACACGACGUGAGGCUUGCCCUGGGCAGCAGUGGGUGUCCGGACACACAGACAAAAGACUCGUCGACAGGGCUGCAGCUAAGAAAAAAAGACGCCGAAAGCGCCUCAAAUUCAACCAUCCCAAAGUGCACACAGGACGGAAGUACCGGAUGUGGAUGCUGCAAAAAGAACUGCUCCAACGCCGCGCAGAAGCUGCUCAACACUAAUGAGGCACAGAUUUGCAACACACUCAGCUUAGAGCCUACGCAAUAUAUAACAAUGAAGGGAAUGCUUCUGCGAAGAUCAGCCACGACUCACGGCGAGCUUGACCAGGCUCUUAAGCAAUACUUGCACGCGGCUGGUUGGAUACGCAAUUAA